CUGGAGAGGGCAGGAGGGCCAAGGGCCUGGGAGGCUGCCCCUGCCCUGGCCCCUCCCUGCACUCUCUGCCUGCACAGUCAACAGAGUGUGUUGGCUCCAGGCAGAGGGCGAAGGGCAGCCUCAGCUCCUUUAUAAGGGAAGGGCCCAGGCAGUCCAGUGCCCAGGGUGUAACAAGACUGUCCUCCCUGGCCCCAGGUCCUAGAGUGGCCAGGAGAGCGGGGUGUGCCAGAGGAGCUCGAGGACAGCACGGCAGCCAUGGGGCUGCUCACUGGGGAUGCACUGUGGGCCCUGAGUGUGGCCGUGGCCGUCUUCCUGCUCCUGGUAGACCUGAUGCACCGGCGCCAACUCUGGGCUGCACGCUACCCGCCAGGCCCCCUGCCACUGCCUGGGCUGGGCAACCUGCUGCAGAUUGACUUCCAGAACAUGCCCAGCUCCUUACAAAAGAUGCGGUUCCGUUUUGGUGACGUGUUCAGCCUGCAGCUGGCCUGGAAGCCUGUCAUUGUGCUCAAUGGGCUGGCCGCUGUGCGGGAGGGCCUUCAACUCACCUUUGCCAUGCACACCAGCCUGGGUCCUCCAUGA